AAUUGAAGGAAGGCCUCACUCGGAUGAGCAUGGACCUGAAAAAUAACUUGUUGGGCUCCUUGAGGACCGCUUGGCAGUCCUUCACCAGAACUUCAUUGCCAGCUGUGGAGGCAGGAGCCACCGGAGACGUGGAACAGGAAUCGGAAGCUGAAACCAGCAUGGAGAAGCAACCUGAGGAGAAACCAGAGGAACCAACCACAUCAGCAAAAGAGGAUCCACCUCCAGUUAAUGUGGGGCUGCUGAAUGGGGGCCAUCGCAUUGACUACGUGCUUCAGGAGAAACCCAUCGAAAGCUUUAACGAGUAUUUAUUUGCACUGCAAGGCCAUUUAUGCUACUGGGAGUCAGAGGACACAAUAUUAUUGUUGUUGAAAGAGAUUUAUCAAACCAAGGGCAUCAGCAUGGAUCAGCCCCUCUUGUAG